UUAAAGGGCCUGGGAGAAGCAGAGCUUAGAGAGUGAGGCUGAUCAUGGCCACUUCAGAGCUGAGCUGCCGGGUGUCUGAGGAGAACUCCGAGCGCCGGGAGGCCUUCUGGGCCGAAUGGAAGGACCUGACACUGUCCACAAGGCCUGAGGAGGGCUGCUCCCUGCACGAGGAGGAUGCCCAGCGGCAUGAGACCUACCACCGGCAGGGGCAGUGCCAGGUGCUGGUGCAGCGUUCCCCCUGGCUGGUGAUGCGUAUGGGCAUCCUUGGCCAGGGGCUGCAGGAAUACCUGCUGCCGUACCAGCGGGUGCUGCCGCUGCCCAUCUUCACCCCCACCAAGAUGGGCGCCGCCAAGGAAGAGCGCGAGGACACCCCCACCCAGCUGCGGGAGCUGCUGGCGCUGGAGACGGCCCUGGGUGGCCAGUGUAUGGAGCGCCAGGAUGUGGCAGAGAUCACCAAGCAGUUGCCCCCGGUGGUGUCUGUCAGCAAACCUGGCACCCUUCGUCGCUCUCUGUCCCGCUCCAUGUCCCAGGAAGCACAGAGAGGCUGAGAGAGACUGACUCAGGCUCCACUGUGCCCGCCCUGGGCUGGCCCCUUCCUGGCUAGGACCACGGAGGGGAGCUGCUGGCCGUGGAUGCUUUGUAGUUUGCCCAGGGUUGGGGGCUAGGGGAGGAGGGAGCCAGAGGCCAGGAGGCCUGGGUCCCCUGAGUUCCCAAAGGGAGGGGAGCAAAGACAGUGGGCACCGAGUGUGGAGAGCUAGGGGCCAGCACAGCUGAAACCCCCAGCCCAGGAGAAAGGUCACAGUUGGCUGGUGAGGGAGAGGUGCUUGCGAGGGUGACCCAGCUUUACAGACGGGCACGGGAAAGUGUGAGGAGGUCAGGACGCUCCGGGAAGGAGGCUGCGAGAAGACUGGAGGGAGGGGAGUGCAGAGAGGGCCGAGGCAGGGUGGAGCCCCCAGCACCCGCUGUUAGCGCUGCAAUAAAUGCUCAGUGGUGUCCA